CUGGGGCAACAGCAACAACAAGCUGCACCUACUUGGCCACGGGGUGGGGGUGGGGCCAUGGCCGGUCGGACCCUGGCUCUGCGCUAUGGCCCCCCAUGGCCCCCCAUCUCUGGGACAGAAGUGUCUGGGUCCUGGCCUGCCUGGCACCUCACCAGCAGCGGUGUCGCCCACCACAUUAUCCCACCCGCGCUCUUCCCCCCACACACUGUGCGGGUGAGAGGACCCUGGACUCCUGGGUCUGAAGGAGGAAGGGCUGGAGAUCCAGACUCCCAGGUGCUGGGAGAAAAGGGGUCUGGGGGCUUGAAUCCUUGUCUGAAGGAGGAGAGUCCUGGAGUCCUGGGUCUGAAGGAGGAGGGUCCGGGAACUGGGUGCCCCCAACUGGAGGCAGCAAAGGGCUGGGUGCUGUACCGGAAGAGGACUGGGCUGGGGGCCCCCGGAUCCCUGGCUCUUUCUCACUGAAGUCCCAUGCCCUCUCCCCAGUCCACGAUCGCAGACCCCCUAGCCCCAGCCACAAAACAGGGUUCGCAUAUCUGGGCUUUCGACGAGGUCAUUAGCAGGUGGGAGACAACCUCUGGCUCGGCGUACGUGCCCAAGACCCACGGCGGCCCCUGCGCGCAGCCCAAGGCCCCCGAGCACGCGGACCCCACGCGUGCUCUGGGUAUCAAGGACCUAGGUGAAAAGCUCAGACACCGCGGCUGGCGUCUCCCUCUGAUCACAAAGCGCCAGCAAAGCGAGACAAGAGCGCAGUACCCGGGCUGGCCCGGCCUGGACCAGCGCGCCGCCUUCGACGCCGGGCCCCAGCCCCUGGAGCUUGCCGACCACCACCGCGGGGGCCCUUCCCAGGCUCUCAUCUCCUGGAGCAAGAAUUCCGAGCUGGCCGGCCAGCCUUUCACAGUAUCUGACCAGGGCGUCCUGGACCGCCAGCAGCUCUACCUGACCACCUCGGCUCGGGACUUCCGAGCCUACCCGAAGAAGGAGUUGUCUGGGUAUCCCUGCAAGGACUCGCUGACCUACUGGAGCUUCGAAGAGACGCCCCAGGUCUGGGGCCACCGCCCGCAGAAGCCGCCGUGCCCGCGCUCCUCCCGGCCGCCCCGGCUCCCGCGGGUCCGCGUGCCCCGCGCGCGCCCGGAGACGCCGGCGGUUCCGCACCGCGGGGCGCUGCCACAGGCUCAGGAGUCCUACGGUUCCCCCCUGCACCCGCUCCGCCGGCUCGACCGUUUCUGCCCGCUGGAGGCGCCCUGGGGCGGCCCCCACUGGAAGCCUGUGCCGGGCAUCUACAGCGUGCCGCGAGCCUACCGCACCGAGAGCUCGGGCUACGGCAGCGGGAAGCCCGCGCGGGUCUGAGCCGGCCCCGCCAGCCGCGUCCGGGACACGUCCCUGCGCCGGGGGAACGGGGCGAAGCCUUGGAGGCCGCCCCUGGGGACGCCGUGGGCGGGGCGAGACGCCGGGCACACCCCCAGACC